ACCUGGUGACACCGGAUCCGUCACCUUAGGGUGGAGUGAGGGAAGCACCUGGGGAUCAGCUUACUAAUUCGAGGGGCCAAUGAAUUAUUCACGCCACCAUUAACUUGGAGGCCCUUUCAGCCUCACCUCUCUUUCCCCUGCUUCGGACCCUUAGACCCUGGCCUGCAGACUUGUGGGGCCCCCCCGAGAGGAGAUGCUGACAGAGCUGGGGUACUGCCUGCUGCUGGCAGUGGCACUGCUGGGCCCGGGACCCAGGGCCCGAGCCAUGAAAGGUGUCAAAUGUGGGGGUGUGCUCUCAGCACCUUCCGGAAACUUCUCCAGCCCCAAUUUCCCCAGACCCUACCCCUACAACACGGAGUGCAGCUGGCUGAUCGUGGUGGCCGAGGGCUCCUCCGUGCUGCUCACCUUCCACGCCUUCGACCUGGAGUACCACGACACCUGCGGCUUUGACUUCCUGGAGAUCUACAACGGCGCUGCAGCAGAGCCGGGCAACCUGCUGGGGAGGUUCUGCGGCCAGGUGCCCCCGCCACCCUUCACCUCCUCCUGGCACGUCCUGUCUGUCAUCUUCCACUCUGAUAAGCACGUGGCCAGCCGUGGCUUUUCUGCAGGCUAUCAGAAAGAUGUGUGUGGUGGCGUCCUGACGGGCUUGUCGGGGGUCCUCACCAGCCCCGAAUACCCGAACAAUUACCCCAACAACGUGGAGUGCCACUGGGUGAUCCGGGCCACUGGUCCUGCCACCGUCAAGCUGGUGUUCGUGGACUUCCAGGUGGAGGACAGCGAUGAGUGUGCCUAUGACUACGUGGCUGUGCUCGGGGCGCCGGGCCCUGUCCACAGGCACCGCUACUGUGGCAGCUCCAGGCCGCCCACCCUGGUGUCGCUGGGCCAUGAGCUGCAGGUGAUCUUUAAGUCCGACUUUAACAUCGGAGGCCGGGGGUUCAAGGCCUACUACUUCUCAGGAGAAUGCCAGGAGGUGUACACAGCUGUGCGGGGCAACUUCUCCAGCCCAAACUACCCCAGCUCCUACCCCAACAACAUCCGCUGCCACUGGACCAUCCGCCUGCCUCCUGGCUACCGGGUUAAGAUGUUCUUCCUGGACCUGGAACUGGAAGAGCCCAACAGCCUGACCAAGACCUGCGACUUUGACCAUCUGGCAGCCUUCGAUGGGGCCAGCGAGCAGGCACCCCUGCUGGGGAGCUGGUGUGGCCGCCACCUGCCACCCCCGGUCACCUCGAGCCGCAGCCAUCUCCUGCUCCGGCUGCACACAGACCGCAGCACCACCCGCCGGGGCUUCUCUGUGGCCUACCUCGGAGUAGUGCCCAUGAACGUGAGCUGCUCCCGCACGGACUUCCAGAUCCUGAUCUCCACACAGGCGCUGGCCCCGCUGGGGCAGACCCAGGUCUACCUGGGCAGCCGGCGCUGUGCUGCCCAGGAGGUCGGCGGCACCUUCCGGAUUCAGGCCCGCUUUGACACCUGCGGUACCGAGUCUCAGAGAAGGAACAACACGUCGGUGAUCGUCAGCGUACUGUACAUCGCCUUCUCGGCUGCCGGGCAGGACGACACCCAGGAGUACGAGGUCCGCUGCGAGCCCCGGCGCAAGGAGGCGUCCGUGCACCUGCUGUCUGGCUCCCACUGGCUGGGGCCCUACGCCGCCGCAGCCGAGCCCCUCCAGGAAGCGCCGCCCAGGGAUGAGGUGGAAGCAGCGGAGGUCCCCAUGGCCAUGGUGGCCCAGGACACCAGUGACAUUGUCUUCCUGGGCCUUUGCAUCCUGGCUGGAGUCCUCAUGGUCAUUGCCAUCGUGGUCCUGAUGCUGCUGUGAGCAGGCUGGGCGGGGCCCCGGCCACCCGCAUCCCUGGGAGUCGGCUGGGGAACCCUACAAAAGGGGCGGAACCAGGCCUCGCUGACGUGUUGGUGACCCCGGGGCAAAUCACUGUCCCUCUCUGAGCCUCAGUUUCCUCAGGACCGUUGCUCCACCAUGCUUAUCUCCCAGGGCUGACCUGAGGCUCAGAGAAGGGCGUGGACGGGUGAGAGCUCUGUAAACUAUGGCGUGACAUGGCUGUGUAGGCAGCUGUUGUCAUUAGUUUCAAAGACAGAAAAGAACUGUGUGUGUUACUCUUACUGGAGACAGAGUGGAUAAAGCUGACUCCUUCUGUGACUUGUGGGAGUGUCACCAACUCAGGGUGCAAGUAAGGGCAUCUCUUACUUUUCUGAAGAGUCGAGAAUCCCAAGCCUUCGUCAGCAGGAUGUUCCUGAUGCAUCGGGAUCCUUCACUCUCUCCGAAUGGCCUGAGAACCCUGAGGACUUCAUCUGAAGCAGCCCAGUCUUGCCUUCAGACUCCAGAAUAGAGGAAGCGAGCAGAAACCCCACUGAGCACUGUCAUUUCCGGCCUUGCCACAUGGUGUCGCUGCUGAAGACUGGCCAUGUGUGUGGAGGUGGUGAUGCCCUGCAGGGGCAGAUCCCUGUAUAAGCCACAGGCAGGCCCACACCGUGCUCAGCAGUGAGGCUGGAGGCUGAGGACCGGUGUCUCCAUCGAGUUGGUGUCUGUCCUGAAAUACCUUAUGAUCCUUGACUGAAAAGCUGAGGGAGGUCCCAUGUGUCUCUGUCCUCCUCACCCUGAUGUUGACCUUAGGCUGCCAGCCCGCCCUCCCUCUCCACAUGAGUUCUCUUGGAGCCCUCUGGACCUUCUCCUGCCGUUGGACUUCACUCAGAGCUACUCCAGUCUACUCAGAGCUACUUCAGGCCACCCACAUUUCUCUAAGUUCCUCCCCAGGGAGCAGGGCUGGGUUCUGCAUGCUGACCUGUGGGAAGGCCUCGGGCAUCUUUGUGUGGACUGGCUCUUGCCUCCCCAGAGCUCCACAUACCCAGAAGUGGAGCAAUCUUGUUAAUGAAAAAGAAACAAACAAUGCAUUUGUAAUGCACCACUUUCCCUUGCUCACCUUUCUAUUGCAUAAUAAAUCAUUCAAUUAAAUCCUUCCCAAUAGCAGAAAUCUCCAACCCGACCGUGCUGACCACUGGCAUCAGUUUUAAAAGCUGUGGCCUAAUCAUAAAAUUCCUUCAACAACCCAACAAGCAUCCACUGGUUUCCGGCUG